ACCUGUAUAGGGAUACUGUAAAAUCUUUAAGUAUGAUUGAUUGAUUAAAAAAUUCCCUAGGAAGUCUUUGUUAUCAUAAAGUAAAAAAAAAAAAAAGUCAAAUCAAUGCAGUUUGUUUUGAAAACAUUCUUUUUUUUCUUUUUCAUUUUGUUGCAAUAAAGAAAAAAACGCUCAAAUACAAAGCAAGUUCCAGUGCCAAAAGUACUGGAAACUAAGUUAUCAAAUUUAUGUCUUCUUUGUCAGAAUGGGUUUGCCUAACAACUUUGGACACCUUAACAUAUUUUAUAAGGUGUGUACUUCUCACUUAAAACCCAUUUUUGCAUUAUUUCACUCAUAGAAUUUGAAUUUUUGCUGACAAAGACUUUACAUUGUGCUUAUUUAAACAUGUUGUUAACUUGUACUUUAAAUCAUAGUUGCUGCAUUCAAAUGGAAACCAAUGCACAAUUCUUUUUUUUUCUGAUAUUUUUUGUAUUUAAAGACGUGCACAUGUAUAUAUAAGGUAUUUUUAUAUUAUGUAUCAAGCACAUUUCUAAACUGUAUUUGUUUAUUGAACCAUAAAUAGACCACACAAUGCCUAUUUGCAGACAUCAGAAAUUUUUGUUUAUUAUAAUACAAUUAUACUAUUUUUAGUGAACUAUAAAGUACCCCAUUGCAUUGAUUAAGGUCUUCCUCAAAUAAUUACCCUAUUAAAUAUAUGCAUCCAACCCUGAGAAAACACUUAUUCCGAAAAGUAAAAAUAAGGAUUUAGUACCUGGGAAUUUAGAGUUUAGUGAAUCAAAAUGACCUUUCUCAAAUAUUCCUUCAUAAAAUACUGUGCCUUUAAGAUAUGUUUAAUUUGUGUGUCAGCUAUUUUUUUUUCUGUAGGUUGCAGGCUUAGUUGGAUUGAAAACCCUGGGUUUUUUAACAUUUUUUCCACUUUUGACUUCAGGUUUUAGAUGAUAAGGAUGUUGAGACAAGCAAAUUAUAACACAGACUUAAGUAAAAUUUAUAAUCUUGUUAAUACUGCUUAUGAGAUUGAGCUUGGAAAUACAGGUAUAAGCUUUUCCAAAGUGAGAAGAUGGCCAUACAAAAUAGAAAGUGAGAAAAUUGAAAAGGAGAUAUCUGAUAUGUAUGUUUAUGUUGACCAAAAUGAAAUAAUUGGUUGUAUAAAGGCAGAAGUUAAAGAUAAUACUGUGAAAAUUGGUCCUGUUGCUGUUGCAGAACCACACCAGCGUCAAGGAGUAGCUUCAAGAAUGCUUGAAUAUGCUGAAACUUUAGCAGACAUUUCGAAACUGGAUAUUAUAUCGUGCCGAACAGACGUUAUUCCGUAUUACAAAAAAAGAGGUUAUAAAGAAGUUGCACGAUCACCAAUCACAAAAAUGUUUGCUUCUAAUGAGUUGGCAAGAGAUGAUAUUGAAAUUAUAAUAUUUGAGAAGAGAAAAGCAAUGUGUAAGAGUGACAAGGUCAUUGUGAAAUCUGACAUUGUGAAGUUAAACGUAGGUGGUGAAGAGUAUGUAACAACUAUAAGUACAUUGACUAAAUACCAAGAUUCCAUGUUGGGUGCAAUGUUUCUCCAUGACAUACCAACAACUAAAGAUGAACAUGGAAGAUACUUUAUCGACCGUGACAAGCACACAUUUAAAUAUAUUUUGCAAUUUCUAAGGUGUGGUAAACUCGUUCUUCCCACUGAUUUUAAAAGCAUGGACUUACUAAAAGUUGAGGCAGAUUUUUAUCAAAUAAAGCCACUAGUUGGGGCAAUACAAGAGUAUGAACAGAAAUUGAAGAAAGAAAUGUUAGAAAAAAAACAGUUUAAUAAAAUCUUGUUGUUGUGUUCAUUGUUUGGCCACAGUCUGGACAGUCAGAGUUUUAGCUAUCAUUGUGCCUACUCACGUGGCCCGUGCGAGACAUAUAAACAUUGUGGUGAUCACUUGUUAUUAAAAAGAAAUAACUAUGAAAAGUUCAGUUCCUUUCUUGCUAAUAGUGAAGAUUGGCAGUUAGUGAAAUUGCUGGAAAUGGAUAAAACUAUGGCUUCUUUUUAUCUCUUCUCAAUUGGUAUCGAAGUUGAAUAUUUGUUUCGUAACAAUAUUACAUAUAAUAGUGUUAAAAUAGAAUUUUGGAAAUGCAUUUGUGAGAUAUGAUUUCCAUGACAUGUAAUUGAAGCUUAAUAUUUACAAUAACAGUUGUUUUAUUAGUGGGACAUUAGUUGUCAGCUAGAACCUUCAGGAGAUUCCAAAAAAGUUGCGUAUGUUAGCACAAUGUUUGGGACCACUUUGAGCAAAAGUUGAACAAAUUGCCCAAAUAAAGCAUUAUCUAAGUCCCAGGUCGACUCCAGUAAUAGACAAUUGAGUAAGAAUUGAAAGGAAAUUGAAAAAAGGAAAGUUGGCAGUUUGUCUAUUAGCCACGCUUACAUUGUACUUAUUCCACCAGAACCUAUACUUAGUGGUGUUAUAGACCAGCAAAUAUUAGGAAUGUAAGAGGAACUUCUUAUCAAAUAAAACAUACUUUCAAGAUAUAUAUAUAUCAUAAAAUGUAUACUAAAAUUUUCUCGGUAAACCUUGCAAAGUUUCUCAGUUCUCUAUUCGGACAUCAUUUGGAUAUAUUUACCAAUGAAAUCUUUAUAAUUAUGAUAAAGCAUAAAACCAGGGUUCUGCACAGAGUGGAGUAAUGCAUUUGUCACGCUCAUAAUAUGAUUUUCCUCCAGGUUGUUUUCUCUAUGAGUAUUAUUUCGCCGAUCCAUUUCCCUUUCGGCAGGAACACCUACACAACAUGAUCGACUAACUCGGGUUUUUUUCCUUCUUGAGAUAUUUCUCUGGUGAAAUGUGUACCAUAAAGUCUGUGUAUUUCUAAAGAAUUAGAAUUAAAAUUGACAGGAGCACAAGGUGGAGUAAGAGCAUAAGUAAUUUCUACACUAAUUUACGUAUCACAUUUAUUCGAAAGUGUGUUGUGAAAUUGAUUUCCUAAUUGCAUUAUCAUUACUUGCCAUUCUCCAUUCACCAUAUAGGAAGAAUGCAUUCACCAUGGCUACGUUAAUCAGGCGAAAAAGACUUUUUUAACUAUUUGAGGCUUUGAAAUGAAAAUGCUGAAAACUGUAGCAGCUGAUCGUUGCUGUCAACACCACUCAUAUAUUUAUUGUACAUCGUAUGCUAUCUGGACUCACGAUUUUUUCCUUGGUUUGCCAAUACUUUUUCCCAGUAUAACUAAGGUGGCAGUUGUGAGCAGUGAUUGUAAUUGACUCGCCUUUCUUUUUAAAUUUUGCUGAUUUUAUUUGAACAGGCAAGCCUUUACGAGGUCGACUGCCUGUUUUGUGUUGCACACAAAGGUUAAAAAAAUAAAUACGGAGAUCAGCCUUUGUAAUUCAAAUUUUUUCACAGUGGCAAGCUUUUGCCGACCAGUUAUUUUAUUUAAAUACGUUCUUUGUUAACACGGCAUUCUCAUUGGCAAUUGCUGAGUGCUGACGUCAAUUACGAAGUCUGAAGAUGUAUGAAAUUAUCCAUGUACAGAAUAAAACAUUUACCAAAAUGAUUGUGCAAAAGAUGCAUGACUAGGUCAUAGGUUUUACCAUACUGAGAAAUGGAUGGAGCAUCGUCAACUUGAGCAACAAAUAUCAAAGUUGAUACAAUAGCCAUUAUCUGAAUCACAAAAUUUGUAUGUUUUAAUCCCAUAUUUAUCUGAUUUUGUAAGGUUGUAAAGCUUGAAUGAAAUAUUUCCCUUGAAUGGAAAAGACCCUUUAUCAAUGGAAAACUAAAGGUUUGGUGUCCACACUUCUCCCACGCGGCACUAAAAUUCUAAAUAUUUUCUUUGGGUUGUAACCUGCUUCACCCUUUGCUGGAUAAUCAUCAUGUUACAGCAAUGCAGGAAAGCCACGAUGUUAUAAAACUCCAUUCUUGACAUGACAGUUCUUGAAAAUUGAGAAAAAAUAGUAGUGCUUGCAGACCAGUAAGACUUCCGUAAGUCUUUUUUGACUAUGCUAAAGUAAUAAGUCAAUGCCAAGAAGCUUUACAAUUUUUUAGUAGUUAUGCCAUCUAGCCAGGUCUGAAGAAGGAGGAAGACCAUCACCAGCAUUUUCAAGAAAGCCAUCAGCAUAAGGGUUCAGGAAUAAUUUCAUUGGUGAUAAACAGUUUGUAAAAAUAAAAUUCAUUGGCAUCCUCAGGAAUAUCGACAUUUAUUGCAGGAUUUGCAGCAAAACAAGGCAACUCUUGUCACCAGAUUUCCAUUCCUCGUGUCUCAACCAGGAGGACUUAGUUCCUUCUUAGCUUUCCUCGAAAUAGGUUCUGCCACUUCAUCAUCACCCGUUGAAAUUUCAUUAACAAAUUCUAUCCUAAAAUCCCAAAAGAUCUUUGUCUUCACUAUCACUCUGGCCAAAUAAUCUCAGCAUUAUCCUCUUUAAGGUUUAAUAUAAUAAUAGAGCAGGCAAAUGAUGCAUUACUGCUGCUAAAAGGCAAAGAAGAGCACCCAGCGCUAAAUCCAAUUGCCAUCUUUGUUUUGAUUUUGAAAAUAAAAUUUUCAUAGUUUAUUAUAGCCGAAUUCAAAAGCCAUUAGGCAACAAUGAGAGGUAAAAUGCUAGUGUUAGAAAUAAUCAAUCUUGUUAGUUUUAAAGGCUCCGAGCAGGCGUGUGGGCCGUUCAAAGUAGUCCUAGUAAAAUCCUACACCUGUCCAGGAUUGAAAUUAGUUUAGCGUAGCAAUAUCCUGGACUAGUUCGGGAACGAGACAGGAAAAGUAAAUUAAUCAUCUACAUUCUCAGCUUUCUAUUUCUACCAUUUUGGUUGAUUUUUUAUUAACACUUCUUUUUGUAUUUUAGUGACAAUUCUUUAACAAGAUUUUUUAGUUUUUGAUAUUUUUUAAUUGUUUAAUUGUAAAAAAAACUGACUACUGUCAGUCAUUUACAUUGUUUAUUUUGACUUUCAUUGCAUAUAUUUCUAGGAAUUAUUGAAAAAGUAUGAGUUGCAUUACGUAUGUCUGCUCUUUAAAAAAACGUUUUUGUCAAGCUUUUAAGUCAAGUCAUUGUUUGCCACUAGUUCUUAUUGUGCUUUUGAAUAUCCCUAAAUUUCUCUUGAAAUAAUGAUCCUUUGCAUUUGUGGAAUUUUCAUUGUGAAAUUUGGUAGCAGGAAUAUUUUUAUUAUUUUAAACAUAGCCAGGUUAAGGGUUGAAUUCUAAUUACAUCAGCCUUUAUAUUGUAGUAAAUCAGAAUGGUAAUUGGAACUUGUGAUUCAAUUUUCUUCACAACAGGGAAGUUCAUUGCAAAAGGACUGUAAAAGAGUGACAGCUUUUGAAUGAAAAGAAAGCCUCUUUGUAAAAGCAUAUUCUCAUUCAGCUUCAGGUAGAACAAUCCAAGCUGAGGAGAUUAGAACCCCAAUUGGAUUAAAUAUGACAUUGAAACAUUUGUUAGGUAAGUUGACAUAAUGCAUAUACAGAUACUUACGAGACAAAAUGUCUUUUUAGACACCGAUAUGUUGACAUGGAUGUAAGUUCACCUGUCCCAAAAAAUUUUCCAAUUGUUACAAAAUUAGCUACAAAACACAUGAAAAUAACACAUAAAAAUAAGUAAGUUACCUAUUUAAUGUCCUAAUAUCCUAAAUACAAAAAACAGAUUUUUAUUUAAAAAAAAAACACUUUUCUUUUUUUCUUUUUUUUUUUGAUAAGAAUUACAAAAUACUUGCUGAUGUUAGUUAAGUCCGUUUUUUUUCAGAACAAGUAUUUUUGCAAAUCAGAUGAUGAAAAUCCAACAAAAGUCUUUUUUUUCAACAUAAUUUUGUAAACCAGAUGUCAAUUUGCAAAAUAUCUUUAAUUAGAAUAUUCUGCACCUAUGCGAUCACUGUAAAAAAUUCCUGCUGCAGUGCUUGUUAUGACAGUCUAAGAUUAGUAAAAGAGUUUUGAUAGAGCUGUUGAUUAGUUUGAUAAUUCCUGGUUUAAAUUCUUAUUUAUAUGCAAUUGUAUUUUUAUUAUUUUCCAUAAUCUCCUAGAACAAUAAAGCCAAUGUUUUAAGAUUUGUAUGUUCAAAUAUUAGUGUUAAACAAAAACAGAAUGCUGAUUUCUGUCACUAAAUGCCUGUGUUAAAAUUAAACCAAUAAGAAGAUGUAAUCUUAUUUGUACAAAUUUUGACACAAACACACACGGCAAAGUUGUGUUUCUUUCGUCCCUAAUGUUUUGUACACAAUUUGUCUCUAUAAUAAUACGGAGCUUCUGUCUGUCUGUCUGUCUGUCUGUCUGUCUGUCUGUCUGUCUGUCUGUCUGUCUGUCUGUCUGUGUCUGUCUGUCUGUCUGUCUGUGUCUGUCUGUCUGUCUGUCUGUCUGUCUGUGACUUUUGCAAAGUGGGUUAUAUUUUUCAUAAAUUUUUUCAAUAAAGUCUAUAAAACAUCAUCUAUAUAAAAUUGCUGUGUAAUUUAUGAAAACCUGAUGUAAGAAUAAUAAGCCUAAGAUUAUGAAGUCAUUACAAUGCAGUUAAAACUUUGAGGCCAAAUAACUUGGAAACGAGGUGGUGACGUCAAUGAUUUUUUACUGUGUGGGUAACUAGGGACCACAUGGGACCAUCUUGGGUAAGUAAAUUGCGUCAAUUUCGUUUUGUCUCUGCACUACUGACGUUAGCAAAAAUUCAAAACAACCUAUUUUCUAUUGUCCUUCUGCCUAAGUGUGUUUCUUCAUGGGCCUUAUUGACUAGUCUAUAUAUUAAUACGGAAGUUGUGUCAGUAUGUGACCACCAAAGUUGAUAUUAUUUUCUUUGAUGUUGCCGAAAACUUAUGUCCGAUUUGUUAAUCUAUUUCACGUUACAGCGCGAUGUCAAUGCAUUUAAACUGACGUCAAUGCUGUUAAAAAGAUUGGUGAAGCCAUUGCAUUCCACUUAUAACUUAAGGCCAAUUAACUUGGAAAUAAGGUGGUAACAUCAGUCAUUUUUUACCGCAUGGGCAAGUUUCCUAAAUCUGGGUGCCUAAAUCCGUUUUAGAAUGAAUGGGUUGAUGACGUCAUCAAAAAACCUUUAACCAUAAUAUAUAUCUUUAACUGUUUGUCAAAAGUACACGAUUCUAUAUCUUUCUUGAUCAGGGUUUCAAGGUCUAUGCGAUAAAGUUAACGGGUAUACAAAUUUAUAAAAAAAAAAUCAUAUUUUGGUGGGUCUUUGUUGACAUCAGAAAAAAUUUUACGCUCUGAUAUUUUCUUAUACGAUUGUCAAAAGCAAAUGAUCUUACACAUUUUUCUCAUCAGCGUUGUAAGCCCAACACAUACCAAACAACGGGUAAACAAAUUUCCCCAAUUUUUUUUGGUAUAUGCACUGCUGACGUUAGACAAACACCUAAAGCAACCUAUUUUUCUGCCUAAGUGGAUUUUUCCACAGUUUGGAAAACCAACGUUUUUGUAUAAUUUUUUAUGUAUGUGAAAUCUAUUAGACAUAACAAAUACUGUGAAUGAUCGAUUAAGCCCCCACUCUCGAAUAAGCCCCCUCCCCCAAAACCCAUUUUGACAAAUAAGCCCCCCAUGGGCUUAAUCGAUCAUUUACGGUAUUUUAAAAUUUCAAGCAAAAGCUUUUCGAUAUAUUCCAUAUCAUCGUCAGUGCGUGCUGUACAAUAUAAUGUUGUCUACUUACAUAUCGACAUAUAUUUAAUAACUGAACAAUGUGUAAUCUCAAUAAUUACAAUAUAUAAUUAUCCAUAAUUACUGAGUCAGUAAUACCAUUUCUAAAUAGAUGCAAAACGUCUAUAUCAAUUUGGUUAAGGAUGCUUUUUUAAUUGCUAUUAUUGAAGCUUCCAAGUUCCUCCUCUCAUGGACGGGUGUUCAAAACGACAGAAAACAAUACUUUUCACAAAAAACAUGGUUGGGAUUACUUUGUAAAUGUUUUGAAGGUUCAGUUAAUUUUUUUAUUUCUUGAGAAUAUUUAUUGUUAUUUUUAAAUUAAUUUAUUAUUUAACUGUAGCAUAAAGUAGGGUUUUUUAUCACUUAGUGUACAAUUGCUCUCAACAUAGUACUCUUAUGAACUACACAAUUCUCAUCAAGUUUUUGGAUUGCAUGCCAAAGUUGGAUUAAAACCCCUGUUUUUGUAACAUUUUGUCCACUUUUUGUCCAAGGAUGUUGAGACAAGCGAAUUAUAAAACAGACUUAGGUAUAAUUUAUAAUCUUGUUAAUACUGCUUAUGAUAUUGUGAUUGGAAAUACAGGCAUCAGGUUUUCUAAAGUGAGAAGAUGGCCAUACCAAAUGGAAAGUGAGGAAAUUAAAAACGAGAUUUCUCAUAUGUACGUUUAUGUUGACCAAAAUGAAAUAAUUGGUUGUAUAAAGGCAAAAGUUGAAGAUAAUACUGUAAAAAUUGGUCCUAUCACUGUUGCAAAACCACACCAACGUCAAGGGGUAGCUUCAAGAAAGCUUGAAUAUGCUGAAACGUUGGCAGACGUUUCGAAACUGGAUAUUAUAUCGUGUCGAACAGAUGUUAUUCCGUAUUACAAAAAAAGAGGUUAUAAAGAAGUUGCACGAUCACCAAUCAAAAAAGUGUUUGCUGCUAAUGAGUUGGCAAGAGAUGAUAUUGAAAUUUUAUUAUUUGAGAAGAGAAACAGCGAAAGUAAAAGAUGUUGAGUACCCGUUGACUGGGGAAUAUGUAGAUCACUCUAAAAAAAUCUUGGAAAUGUUAGGGAUCGAAAAAGAAAAGGAUGACGAAGAUGACAAUGAAGAAGAUAAGAUUAAAGAGCAAUGUGCAAGAGUGACAAGGCCAUUGUGAACUUUGACAUUAUGUAUGUGACACAUUGACUAAAUAUCAAGAUUCCAUGUUGGGUGCAAUGUUUCUCAAUAGCAUACCAAGAACUAAAGAUGAACAUGGAAGAUGCUUUAUCGACCGUGACAAGUACACAUUUAAAUCAUUUUGCAAUUUCUAAAAGUUGAGGCAGAUUCUUAUCAAAUAAAGCCACUGUUAGUGCAAUACAAGAGUAUGAACAGAAAUUAAAGAAAUGGUAGAAAAAAAAACAGUUUAAUAAAAUCUUGUUGUUGUGUUCUUUCUUUGGCCAUGGUCUGGACAGUCAGAGUUACAGCUAUCAUUGUGCCUACUCAGGUGGUCCAUGCAAGACAUAUAGACGUCGUCAUGAUCAAUUCUCAUCGAAAAGAGAAGAUAACUAUGAAAAGUUUAGGUUCUUCUUGCUAAUAGUGAAGAUUGGCAGUUGGUGAAAUUGCUUGAGAUGGAUAAAACCAUGGCUUCUUUUUAUCUCUUCUCAAUUGGUAUUAAAAUUGAAUAUUUGUUUCUUGAGAAUAUUACAUAAAAUACUGUUAAAAUAGAAUUUUGGAAAUGCAUUUGUGAGAUAUAAUUUAAAUGACAUGUAAUUGAGGCUUAAUAUUUACAAUAACAGUUGUUUUAUUAGUGGGACAUUAGUUGUCAGCUAGGACCUCCAGGAUAUUCUAAAAGAUUUGAGUAUGUGUAGCACAAUGCAGAAAAUCACUUUUAGGAAUAGUUGAACCAAUUGCCUAAAUCUUGUUAACUGUUUGUGAAAAGCACGUGCUUUACAAAUAACGUAUCGCUCUAGAAAAUAAACCCAUGAAUAUAGAACAAAACAGGUGCUCACCUGUAGAAUAAUGAACUAAAUCUUAAAAAAAGAAAUUAUUCUUCUACAUACUCAGCCUUUUUUUUUACCAUUUUAUUUGAUUUUAUAUUAACCAUUUUUUUUGUAUUUCCUGAAAACUCCUUAACAAGAUUUUUUAGUUUUUUAUAUCUUUUAAUUUUUUAAUUUUAAAAUAAGAAAGGGUUACUACUGUCACUCA